AUGUCCGUCGCCUCUCCCUCUUAUCCCGUAGUCGCCCCUCCCUCCUACCCUGCCGUCGCAAUUCCCUCCCAUCCCGCCGCCACCUCUCACCCCGUCAUCGCCUCUCACUCCCACCCCCCUGUCGCGUCUCCCUCACUCCCCGCCAUCGCCACUCCCUCCUAUCCCGCCAUCUCCACUACCUCCCACCCCGCCGUCGCCACUCCCUCUUAUCCCGCCGCCGUCUCUUCUCCCAUCCGGCCGCCGCCUCUCCCUCCUCCCCGCCGUCGCCUCUCCCUCCUCCCCGCCGUCGCCUUUCCUUUCUCCCCGCCGUCGCCUCUCCCUCCUCCCCGCCGUCGCCUCUCCCUCCUCCCCGCCGUCGCCUCUCCCUCCUCCCCGCCGUCGCCUCUCCCUCCUCCCCGCCGUCGCCUCUCCUUUCCUCCCCGCCGUCGCCUCUCCCUCCUCCCCGCCGUCGCCUCUCCCUCCUCCCCGCCGUCGCCUCUCCCUCCUCCCCGCCGUCGCCUCUCCCUCCUCCCCGCCGUCGCCUCUCCUUUCCUCCCCGCCGUCGCCUCUCCCUCCUCCCCGCCGUCGCCUCUCCUUUCCUCCCCGCCGUCGCCUCUCCCUCCUCCCCGCCGUCGCCUCUCCCUCCUCCCCGCCGUCGCCUCUCCCUCCUCCGCGCCGUCGCCUCCUUCACUCCUCGUCGUCGCCUCUUUUCCCCUCCCCGCCGUCGCCUCUCCCUCCUCCCCGCCGUCGCCUCUUUUCCCCUCCCCGCCGUCGCCUCCGGCGGCAGUUUUUGUGUAG